AUGGCUGUUUUCACAGACAACACUCCCAUCAGUCUCAUCAAGGGCUUCUCUAAUGGCAGACACAAUAGAAGAUGUCACUGGUUCCCUGCUAGUGACUACAAUCAGCUCCAAGACCAUCAGAAGAUCGUUGGAGAGGCCCUCAUUAAUCUGGCUGGUGUACAGCAGGGGGAAAAGGUGUUAGACCUUGGAUGUGGAACUGGGCACUUCACAAGGGUCUUGAGUGAACUAGUGGGACCAGAGGGGAGAGUGGUGGCUGUAGAUCCAGAUGCAGAGAGGAUUAAAAUUGCCAAGGAGAGCAGUAAGAAGAAGCCAAAUAUCAAGUUUCUGGUGGAGAAUGAUCAGACAUUUCCUGGACAAGAUUACGACCUCGUGUUCUGUAACCAUGUUAUUCAGCGAGUCAUGGAUAAAGUGGCUCUCUUUAAACGUCUUCAUGAAAAACUACGCUCUGGGGGGAGUUUUGUACUCCUAACUUUUGAUGGAACGCCCGAAUUCAUGGCCGAUAUCCUUGAUGCUUUUUCCGAGUUUGCUGGUCCUGACUUCCACCACAAGCUGAUGUACGAACAACAGGUGUGGGAGACAGCAAGCACUUAUCGAGAGCUAGCAGAGGCAGCAGGAUUUGUAGUGAAGUCUAUAGAUACGAAGCAAUCACACGAGGAGUGGGGGAGCCUGAAAGAACUCAUAUCGUAUUUUCAUGGAGUAAGCCAUGGCCUCUUCGACAUAUCUACUGUAGACGAGGAGUCUUUGGAGCAGUACAGAGUCGAGAAUAAUCUCAGAUCAUUUCAUGUCCCUCGAAAACUACUGUACAUUAAAGUAACCAAGCCCUGA